UGAGAGUAGUAUUUCACAAGCUCACUGUUUCGCUGAUUUUGAGGCAUGCAAGAGAGAGAAAGAGACUGAAGAGAGAGAGAAGUGUCGUACUGCACAAGUUUUUCACUCAUCUCGUGUCUUUUUUUACUGCAUUUGGCUCUCUUUUCUCUUCAAAACCAUCUCUCAAAUUCUCAAAGACACAGAGAAACAACCCAGGUGUGUUGAGAUAAUGCUGAGGAAGAGAAGCAGUUCAAUCCAGAAAGAUCAACACAACAUGGGUUAUUUGACAAAUUCUGAUGCUAAUUCUGAAAAGUAUUUGAAAUCUCAUGAUUUCGGUCGCAAUAUCAAAGGCAACUCGAUUUUCAAUAUCCCUUGUUUGUUUGUGGGUUUAGGUCCAAAAGGGUUUUUGGAUUCGGAUUCGGUUAGAAGUCCAACUUCACCUUUAGAUACUAAAGUUCUUUCGAAUUUUGGUAACCAUGUUAGGAACCAAAGAUCUUCGCUUUUUGAGGGGAAUCAAAGGAGUUGGGAUUGUUGCAAAGUUGGUUUAAGUAUUGUAGAGUCUUUGGAAGAUUGUAACUGUUCUAGGUUUUGUGGGAAAACUCUUCAAUCACUUGAUAGCAAGAACAAUAGUUUAAGUCCUCGAAUGAUGAUCAAAACAACUCCGAUUUGUGAAACUUGUAUGGAUUCUUUCGAGUCAUCUAAGUCUUUGCCUAAAGAUUUUUGUACCCGAAAUGAAUCUGUCAUCCAUAAGGGUGAAUGUGAAUCCAAUGUCCUUUUUGAGAUCGGUGUCGGGAGAACUAGGUCUUGUUCAAUGGAUUCAUGCAAAUCAUUGAAAGCUACUGAUUUAGAUAUUGAUGAUUUUGAUAUGAAAGAUGUAGCGUUUCAAGUUAGCUUUUCUCCUCAUUUUAUUGGAGGAAGUGAGAACUCGAAUGCCUUUACGGCAGAGUCGAAACCAAACACUUUGUCCGAAUUUUCUUCUGAUGAAAUUUUGAAGUCUCUAUCAGCUAGUGAGAUUGAGCUUUCUGAGGAUUAUACAUGUGUGAUCUCUCAUGGUCCUAAUCCCAAAACAACUCAUAUUUUUUGUGAUUGUGUUUUGGAAACUCAUCCUGAUUUAUGUAUUAAAAACCAUUUUAAGAGUGAAGAGUGUGAGAAGGAGAAGGUAGUGACUCCGAUUGGUAAAGGGUUACAGACUCCAAACCAAUAUCGGUCUAGUGCCUUCUUAAGUUUCUGCCACCAUUGCGACAAGAAACUCGAGGAGGGGAAAGAUAUUUAUAUCUAUAGAGGUGAAAAAGCAUUUUGCAGCUUAACUUGUCGCGAAAUGGCGAUUAUGAUCGAUGAAGAACUUGAGAAAUCCAAUCCUCCUUGUGAGAACUCUCCAAAACCGAAACCCGGUGAGCAAAUUUUUGAAACAGGAAUCCCAAUAAUCAUAUAGGAGGCUUAUCCAUGAGAAAUGGUAGACGCAUUUGAUCAUCUGUUCGCAACAAUUGAGCUGUUUUAUGUGCAUCGGUUAGCAGCCAUUGGAUGAUCGUUUUGUAAAUCAUUGCGUUUGUCUCGACUAUAAUAAUUUAUGAUUUUUUGUUGGAUUAUUGUAAUUUAUGGCUCUUAUAUGAAGCUAGUUUUGCUUUAUAGAUAUAAAAUGUUAUCAAACUAUUGAUAGCUUGUAGAAAUUAAAGGGUUUGAAGCCUAUUUUUCUUGCUC